AUGACCGGCUACGCGGCCCUUUUCCAGUGUCGCUUACGCCUUUCUCGGGAAGGGAAAUUGGACGACCAGGUGGGUGCAAUUGUCAAUAAACCACGUGAACCGGAUACCUUUGUCUGGAAAGCAAGAGGCAAUGAUCAAUCCAAUCGACCAAGUUCUCAGGAAACUGUACCAAACAUGAAAAUCGCUUUGCAGAAAUUCAGUCAGCGAGGAACAGAAAUAGUAGUGCUGUUAUCUCAUCUUCCCAAAGCUGACAGUAGCUUUAUGAUGCCCUUUCAACUUUUUCAGGGUGAUAACGUACGCGAAUCUCUAGAGCCGCGCUGGCACUUGAAGAUCACAUUUGACGACACCACCUCGAUGAUGGCGCCAUUACGAGAAGCGUGCGAAACAGUGGACUGUCGCCUUCCAACAGACUUUCCUGAUCAUCCUUUGCCGUACGAUUUAGCGGAGAAAGUUUGUGAGCAAUUUUCGAACCAUGGAUUCUGUCGGAAACAACGUCAAGGCCAUUGCCCUUUGCUUCAUGAUGUUGAUUUUGCAAUAGAUUUAGAACAAAUACGUCAAGAACGAAAUAGGAAGAAGCGUAAGAGGAGAUUCGAUCACCUAAAACCAGACAGCAUUCUGGAGAAGGAAAGACUGGAAGAGAAGGAGAAGGAAGCGCGCAGAGAACGAAUUUCCGUCGAGGAUCUGAAAAAUAAAACCAAAUAA